CGUUAUUUAUUAACUCUUCCUGGACAAAGUGGGCCCGAUUUGGUGACAUGUAAGGGCCCAUUAAAGCUGGCCGAUUCUCUAGUUCAGCAUCACAUCCAAUGUUUUGCAGCUGCAUUUUGCUUGUCCGGGAGAAUCCCGAUGGGUGUUUCUUUACUUAGUCAAGCAAGUGCAAUAUUACAUAACCAGCUGGGUCAUCUACAGGAGGACACUGUGGCCUCCAGUGACAGUCAAACAGACAGCAGGCCACCGUAGACUCACAGACCUGCAGUAGCGUUCUUUACAUUUGUUGUUUGGGCUGAAUCUAAUGAAUUACAAUGCAAUUUUGCAAUCGGUUGAACUUGAUCACUGAUGUUUUUUGUUGUCCAAGGGCUGCCACAGAGAUGCUUAAGUUGGGGAAACUCCCAAACUUUUUUCAAGUCGAUGAUGCUCAGGUUGUGAUUAUGACAGUCAGUGGUGGAAGAACUGUCUACUACAAAGUAAAAGUAGCGAUAAUACAAUAUAGAAAUACUACAUCCUGCUAAAUAUUAUGAGAAAAAAGUGCACAAGUACUAAGUACACUGAUAAGUACUAACAAAAAAAUUAAUUGUGUUUUCCAAAAGUUAAAAUACUUAUUGUGUAGUGUCCUGUCAGUGUUAUUUAUUAUGACUCGACCUUAAAACCAUUAUUAUUAUUUCUAUACUACUAAUGUAUAAGCAGCAUGUCUAUUUCAGGUGGACCCAUGGUUUUGAUUAACUUAUAUAUUGAGGGAUACUUCCAACAGUUCUAUGUAAUGAUUUAGCAUAUAAAAUGUUCACUUGAAACUCAUAAAUUACAAAUAACAACAGGAAGUUGGUCGUGUUGAUAUUGACACUGUAGCUGAAACAUAUGACUGUCUGUGUUUGCUGCGCGCCGAUUGGUCGCUUGCACACGGGGGCGUGGCUUCGCCAUAACAAUGCAUUUCAAGGCACAGACACGCGCGAGGGAAUGUUUUCUGUUGCUGUGUCGCUAACGUCACUGUUUGACACCUUUUAACGGGUUCUCCUGCUCAAGGCGAACACCGCCGUUAACCGACAGGAGCAUUUUCGCCGAUUCUGGAUAUAACGGAUCCCCCCGCCCCCCAUGCGGCAGUCGGAUAAACGUUGCAUUAGCUGGUUAGCGUUAGCAAGCUAAUAGGAGCACAGUCGGGGACAUUGUCAAACAUCUGUCGGGAGGAAGCCGCGGGUCGAUCGGCAGUCGGUCAACGUCGGUCGCUCAGCGGGUGAUGGUGGUCGGCGAGACGCGGCUGCACGCGAGGAUAAGUUGAAGGGAGGCGACGUGUCGGAGGCUGGAACACCUGCCCAUCUCCAUCUCGCCGGAGCGAGCGAACUAGCAAAGAAAGGUUAAGACAAUCAGAGGCAACAUUCAAGUGCCUCCACUGUACAGUUUCCAUUCCCAGAGAGUGACUCGUCUGCACGACGUCACCAAUGCGACCAUGGGAAAUAGCAGUAAAUAGGCUGCCACCAACAGCCCCCUUGAAUCCGAGGAGGUUCCUCGGAGAGCCCUGCAACGCCCCGGUGCAUCUCAGGAGAAGCCCACCAGUGAGACGCCAGUGGGGGAGACGAGACAGACCGGUGCUGCACACUUCCCUGGUCCACGAUGAGAACUUCCACCAUCUGCUUUUUUCCCAGCAUCACCAACAGGUUCCUUUAGAUGAGUCCAGACAAUACAGCCACACCAGCACACCACCACGCAUGCUUCACCCUGCUGCUCACCUGCCCCAGCAGAGUCCCAUCAUGGUGGAUCUACAUGACCAGAUGCACCAGGGAUCAGUUCCAAUAUCAUACACUGUUACGACGGUGACGACACACGGAUUUCCCAUCCACACCGGGCAGCCCCUUCCAGGGUGCAACACUCAGCAGCUCCCAGCAUGCUCGGUAAUGUUCAGCGGACAGCUCUCUCUGCUCUGCUGCCUUCCUCCUCCUCUCAUACAGGCAUGUACCAUGCAGCAUAUGCCAGUGUCUUAUCAAGCCUUUCCACCCCUGAUCUCCAGCGAACAUUUUGUAUUGCACCCAACCCCGUCUGUACCCCCCCACCAGCCGCCGCACCUUACUCCUUUGAGCCAGUUUGUCCCUUUACAGCCUCAGCACCCACGCAUGCCUCUACAUAGGGUAGAGAAUGAAGUUGACCUAAGGGGGGACCAGCACCCAUUAGGGACCUUCUCCUACCCUCCCUCUCAUCACCCACCAGCGCUGCCUCCUUCUCUGCCCCUGCAGUACCUUCCUCAAGAGCCUCUGCAUCAGGAGCUUCCCUUUGGAGUGCCAUAUCCCCACAUGUUGCCCCGACGAGUGAGCGCCCAGAGAUACCGGUUGCAGCAACCGCUUCCCCUUCCUCCACCCCCUCCAUCUUACUACCCAGGCUUCCUCCCGUACUUCCUGUCCAUGCUUCCUGUGCCUCCAACAGCGGUGGGCCCAGCCAUCAGUCUAGACCUGGACGUGGACGAUGUGGAGAUGGAGAACUACGAGGCACUACUGAAUCUGGCAGAGAGGUUGGGUGAAGCGAAGCCACGCGGACUCACAAAAGCAGAUAUAGAGCAACUUCCGUCCUACAGAUUCAACUCAGAGAACCAUCUAUCUGAACAAACGCUGUGUGUUGUGUGCUUUAGUGACUUUGAGUGUAGGCAGCUACUGCGGGUAUUACCUUGCAACCACGAAUUCCAUGCCAAGUGUGUGGAUAAAUGGUUAAAGACCAAUCGCACUUGUCCCAUCUGCCGAGCCGACGCCUCGGACAUACACCGGGAGGUGGAGUGAGAACUGUCUCUUGAGUGCUGAACUGGAAAGCUGCACACACCAGAGUCUGUCCCAGAGCUGGGGACACCUGCCACCUUACCUGCGUCCUCCAGUAAAUCUAGCUUACCAACCCACCACUCCUGCCCCCUCCCUAAAUGAUAAGCAAUCCAGGAUUGUUUCUGGAGCCUGUUGUACCUCUGCUGUGCUUCAUGGUCUGAGUCUCAUGAAACCCACUGCCUAUCGCAGCCUAUAGCCAGAGUUCUGGGAUCGCCAGCCAGUUCUUUCUCUGCCCCCUCGUUGCAGAUUCCAAAGAUUUUCCCAACAAAGCAUUGUUUGCUGCUUUUGUUUACAGGGUUUCAUUUUUCUUUUAAUGGAUUCGGUUGUGGUGUACGUGAAUAGCGGGCGUCCUGCUUUGGAGGAGAGGAGUCAGGAGCGUGGAGGAUCAUAGGCUGGACACCUUGUGCAAUUAGCAGACAAAUAAUAGGAAAACUUCAACAUGGGUAUCUUUGUUUGGAGGCGACGCCUGACCAUCAUAGAUGCAUGAUUGUGUACGGUGUUGGGCGAAUUCACUUGUUAAUAAUGUAUGUUCUGCAAUAAUAUAUUCAUCAUUUCAACAGUUUUACCCCUUAUCUGUUUAAGGUUUUUGCCAAUGCUAUCGUGAAAGUGUGACUUGCUGUGUUUAAAUGCAGAUUCUGUUGAGCCUGAGGUUGUGGGACAUGCAAAUUCGGGUUCUCUUCUACCCCAGAUAAUCCACUCUGGAACACAGAUCUGUACAGAAGCAGUCAUGGAUUAAUGGACUGCGUCUUUUUGAGGUCAUCUGGCAUAACUGCACAAGUGCUACAUCCACCCUCCACAUCAGCAUAGUUCCUCCGGCAAGGGUGUACGCGCACGCGGGCGCAUUUUGUGUGUGUAUGUUUGUCCUGUUCACAGACCCGAUGCAUUGUGUAACCACUGGAUACAGGGCAGCAUGCUAGGAUUUGCAUGAACUGUUGAUUCAGACUAGCAAUAUUUUAAUCAAGCAUUGCCACCAAACUAUCACACAGAAGCUUACUAAAAGAACUGCUUGCUUAUUCAGAAAGCGCCGCGAGGGAAGACUUGCAUGUGGUUCCACCCUGACUGCGUUUAAGGAUGGGGGCCCUCGUCUAAAGGGUAUGCUGUUGCCAUAGAGCUCUGGAGGCCUGUGCAGAAAGCAAUAUGUGCAGUGAGUGGCAAGUUUUGAAUGAACAUUUUCUUGCCCUUUUAGGAAGACUGAGCUUUUUAUUUCUUUUGUCUGUGAGCCAAAUCCAAGAUACAGAUAUAGCCUACUGUUCAAGUUUUCAGAUCUGCCUUCUAAUGACCUUGACAAGCACAAACCUAUUACUAACCCUUAAAAUACUUUGACAUUUCUCACUUUUACUUUACUUUUAAAAGUAUGCCGUUUCAAAAAAAAAAAAAGUUUAUUUAUUGGUUAUAUCAUCUAGAGAGAAAAAAACCUUGAAGGAAACAGUUGGAGCACUAACACUGUUUGUGUAUGGUAUGAUAUGUGUUAUAUUCUGGUAACUUGGUCAGGUCAUUGUCUUAGGCCAUGGUGAUGGUGUUGUAAUAGAGCAACUGUAUGUACAGCUCGAGUGUGAAUGAUUUUAGAUCAACGUUUGAAGACAGAAGAAUGUUGAAAACCCUUGUAGAAGUCACUGGUGACACUCUGUGCAAUGCCAGCCGUCUGUGUCCCACAGUGGUCAAGUGCUCAGUAGUGUCGGAACACUGUUAGACUUCUAGUCCCCUGCUUUUGUGGUCACACGAAGAAGAAAAAAAAAAGAAUAUAUUUGGGGCAGGAGGGAGAAGAGCAACAAAUGAACUUUUGCUUUGGAUUCACUCUUGUCUCUUAGCUGCCCCAGUAAGCACUAACAGGCAACUGUAACCUUUGCUUUUUACGUGUGAACGGUUCUUGCCUCUUUUUUUUUUCUUUACCUUUGUUUCUUCAAGUGAAUGUGAGUCUUUGACGUCUGUGCCACCUUCAAGAGAAAAAAGAAGCCAUUUAAAGUUAAAUGAGUUAAACCCACAGCUUUGAGAAUUAACCUAUGUGUACAUAUCUAUUCGCUGGCAUAUAUUGUAAGUUUUAAAAAAAAAAUCACUCAGGGCCUCUCAGUAUAUAAAAAAAUAAAGGAGAACAGUCCAUUUGAAAUGGAAAGGAUGCCAUGAAAAGGGUAUAUCUGAAUUUAGUUUGGUCUUUUUCCUCAGACCAUAAACAAUUUAAUGUAAUCAAUUAUAAUAUUCUGUUUUGUCUGAAAUAGUAGAUAUUAUAUCAUUUAAAGACAGGCAUGCACGAAAAAAAGAUCAGUAAAUAUGUUAUUAAUAUUCACUGAAAAGAGGCGAUGUACACUGCAACUCAUUACAAGUGUAUUAUUCAAACCCGUUUGACUUUUGUUCUUGUACUCGGACCACAUGUUGAGACACAUAGCGGUUGUGAUCCCAUCUCUAAAUGUGCAGCAGUGCACACUAUCCUACCUAAUUCACUCCCAAAUCGACUUCAGAGGUGUUUGCAUGACUUUGAAAAAAAGAAAAAAAAAAGUUAACCAAGUGUGUUAUAGUGGAGGAUAUCUCAAAAAUCUGGCGGGGGAUCUAUUUAGUGGUGCACAAUAUGCAUGCUUGUCAACCAGAUCCCAACUGAUUUUUAGCUCUAGUUGGCUUUGGAUUCUGGGGGUUUGGAUCUUAACGCUCAGCUGAUAACUGCCAUGCAUUGUACUGCACACAUUUGUAAUAGAACUGAAUGACUACAAGAUUUUAUUGCGCUAAACUUCAUUUUAUAGAAAAAAAACACAAAGAAAGAAAGAAAAAAACAACUGGUCUUGAAUCCAGAAAUUCUUACAUACAUUGUGUUACUGUUAUUGCCCUAACGACUGAAAAAUAACAUGCUCUGAAACUACUGUAGUUUAUCAAAAGCCAUAGUGAAAAGGUGCUAGAUGUUCUGCUUUUAGGUAUGAAAAACUCACUUGCGUGAAUGCAAUAGUUUGUCAUGGACCCCAUGUAUUCUUAAAGCAUGUAAUACUAAUACCCCUUAACAAUGUCAGUGAAAAUCAAUAUAGUUUAAGGGAUUAAAAAAAAGGAUGGUGUUGUCAUAAUUAUUUCAGUGUAGUACUAUACCCGCAUAUCAGGCUCUUCCUCUCAGUGUAUCAAUAUCUUAAAAUGUAUGGUUCACAUAUAGAUACCUUGAUUCCUGUUGAUGUUGGCACUAUUCAUUUUUGGAGUAAAUAUUGAAUUGACAAUAUCCAGCCGCCCUGUUAAAUUAAGAGAACCUCCUGUUAAGGCCUAGCCAACAAAGUCACUUUUAAUAACAACUGAGAAUAGAGUCUUGUAGUCUUUCUGUUAAGCAUUCUUGAAUAAUCUCACAGCUUGUGUGGUGCAAAAAUAUGUUCCAAUAAGCAGCUAAACCUUAUUUAGGAUUUGUGAUUGAUUGCUCCGUAGAUGCCAUUUAUUGUUUACCAAUGAUUUUUUGCUGUGGUGGGAUAGUGGUUUACUCUUCUUACUCUCCCUGGCCCCUUGGGGUCCUUUUGCCUGAACACCAGACUACCCACCCGCCAACAGAGCCAGGGGCAUGUGUCCUGUGUUAGGCAGAUAUUUUGCUUUGGUACUUGCACAUUUACAGUUACCUCAUUUUUUCCAUGUUUGUAUUGGGGGUGGGUGGGGGGGAGAAAACGACUAAUAUAUAUUAUAUAUAGGAAAUGGUUCUUAUUGUUAUAAUUUUUCAUUCCAUUGGAAUCAUAUUGUUUGUAGCAUUUAACAUAACUAGUUAGUGUAUUAUAUAUACAUCUGUAUACUGUUUGAAAUUUUUAAGAUUUGUACUUUUUUUAAAUGAAAGUUGCUAGUUAUGCUUUACCAAGUAGUGCAAUCAUAUUUUUUUUUAAUUGUCGUGGCUGAUCUGAGAGGGUUGUUCACUAAUAAAUGUAUGAUGUAUAUCAAUAUCAAA